AAAAAAAAAAGUUCAUACUCAAGAGAAGAAAAAAAAGUAAAAAAAUAAAAAAAGGAAAAAUAUUUUGUUUUGGGGAAAUUAUAUUAAAGUGAAAAUGAACGUAAUCAGUGUACGUAAAUCGAAUUUAAAUGAUAUUUGCCGUGUAUGUUUAUCAGCAUCGAAUGCACCAUUUACCGACAUUUUUUCAACGGGAUCAUCAAAUUUAGCGACAACAAUUGCUGCUGCUGUUAUGGAAUGCGCUCCCGUACAUAUAAAUCAAGGAGAUGGAUUACCGACACUCAUCUGCAGCUCAUGCAAUAACCAUUUGGAAAUAUCACAUCAAUUUCGAACACAAUGCAUUCGAUCAGAAUCUAUAUUACAACGUUACGUUGCACAUUUGAACACAGAUAAUACACAAACAAUAACAGAAACUUUUAUAACAGAAACAAUUGAAGAAAAAGAUGUAAACGAUCCAAACCAACAUCAGAAUGAAGUACAUAUUAUUGAAAAAACAGUUGACGAUCAACAACAGCAGCAAAUCGAUGAAAAUGGGAUGUAUAUUAAACAAGAAUGCGUGGAAAUUAAACAAGAAUGUGGUAAUGAUGAAAACACUGCCAUUGUACAGAAUAUCCAAACAUUACCCCCACAUACAUCAAUAAUUAAGGAAAUAACAACCACACAGAUAAUUGAUAAAGCCACAGCAAAUUUCAAUCAAGCCACAGUUUUGAAACAGGAAAUAAUUACCGAGGCAGAAGGUGCGGAAAUUAAAUUAAAAUUAAACACUGAUGGAAAUUGUUAUCAACUGCAGGGUGCAAUUGAAAAUGCAUGCUUUUCCACGGAUCAAACACAAGAAAUUCAGUAUCGAUUUUUCAAUCCAAUUGUGGGUGGAAACACAGACGGACAAAUAAUUAAAGUGAAUAGCAUAGAAAAAACGAAUACGGUAAAUAAUUCAACAAACACAAUUCCAGAACAAAAUUUUGAAUCAUACUUAGUGAAACUAUUCACAAAAGAAGAAGAGCGGCCCCAUAAAUGUAACGUCUGUUUGAAAACAUUUAAGCGCAGUAGUAAUUUAUCAGAGCAUGCAAAAGUACACAGCGAAUGUCGACCAUAUAAAUGUGAAGUAUGCCAGAAAUUAUUUAAGCGAAGUUGUGAUCUAGCUGAGCAUAAACGAUCACACUCAAACGAGCGUCCAUUUAAAUGUACAAUAUGCCCAAAAAGUUUUAAACGUAAUUGCGAUCUAUCUGAACACAUGAAAAUUCACACAAACGAAAGGCCGUUUGAAUGUGAUAUUUGUCAUAAAGGAUUUAAACGUAAUGGUCAAUAUUUGGAGCAUCGACGUAUACAUACCGGAGAACGUCCGUAUGAAUGUGAGGUAUGCCAUCAACAUUUUCGCACAAGUAGUAAAUUAUCAGCACAUUCACGGAUACAUAAUGAGGAACGUAAUCAUAAAUGCACGUUAUGUUCGAAAAGUUUUCGAAGUUACAAAUCGUUAACUAUACAUUCUAGAGUUCAUUUGGAUCAAUAAAUUUAUUCAUAAUCAUCGUUUAUUGAUAAUUAUUCUCUUUUAAAAAAGAUUUUUCAAAUUUGUGGUUGAUUCGAAUAGGAACUACUUAGUUUUUUUUUCUAAUUUUAACGAAAAUAUAUUGCAAUCAUAUUCGUAUAAAUUACUCGCAAAUGUACAGUCUUAGCGUUGCAGCAAUAUUUAACCCAAAAAUACAUACAACAAUAAAGACGAGUUCAAUUAGACAUGAAAAUACCCCAACUGGUAUGGCUCAAAGUUCUAGCCUGCAAUUUACGAGAUCGUUGGUUCGAUUCCCGCACAGAAAAGUAUAUUCCCAUUUAGAACGUUAAAUAAAUUAGAAAUUAUUUUCAUCAGAUAGAGAGAUAUGUCAAGGUUUAUAUUUGGUCUUUACUUAUAGAAGUAAAGUCUCAUUGCUUACUUUUGGAAAUUUUCCAUUAUUUAAAAGAAUAAAAUAGAAAACGUUUAUUAAAAAUUUAAAUAAUAAUGGGAAGAAAUUUCCUGGAUGACAAGUUUAAAUGGAGAAUUAAACGAUAUUUGACGAUAAAUAUCGUAUAUAAAUUACGUAGUUUGCACGAUGUCCACCAAUUUUCUAUACAUCAAAGUUUUCUAAAUAACUGCAUUAUAUAAUGGCACAAUUUUGUAACGCAAUAGAAGUGGAAUUUUAGAAUCAUUUCUAUUUCAUUCUAUUCUGUACGUUUGGAGGGUGACUAAACGAAAACAAUCAGGCAAUAUCAUUUUCUAUGCCUCAUUAUUUGUGCGAUCAAGUUACUAUUUAAGAAAAAACUAAGAUUCUUAUUCAAAUAAAUUUCUUUCAAACAGAUUUUAUUCU